ACGUUAUAAACCACAAUGACACACAUUGGUAUGCCGUCUCUGGUGAUUGGUUUGAUUGCGUUGGCAACCGCCACCGCUGCCCUCGUCGAUAACCAUAAACAUCCAAAUUACGCGACUGGUCAUGAUGUUAUUGUUCAUUUGUUCGAGUGGAAGUGGAAGGAUGUGGGUGAUGAGUGCGAAAGAUUUUUGGGACCAAUGGGAUUUGGGGGAGUUCAGAUAUCCCCUAUCCAAGAAAAUGUGAUUAUUCCGAAGAGGCCCUGGUGGGAGCGGUAUCAGCCGAUUUCUUAUCGAUUCGUCACCCGUUCCGGUAACGAGACAGAGUUCAAGGACAUGAUCAAACGAUGCAAUGCCGCUGGUGUUCGUAUUUACGUUGACGCAGUCCUUAAUCACGUGUCAGCCGAUCACGAUUUUGAUGUGAUUGGGACUGGGGGUAGUUGGGCCGAUCCAACAACUAGAAAUUAUUCGGCUAUACCGUACACCCGUACAGAUUUUCACCCGAGUUGUCCACUCAAGAAUUUCAACGAUCCCGUGGAGGUGAGAAACUGUGAACUCGUUGGACUUCAUGAUCUGAAUCAGACCAUUGAACAUGUGAGGGAGAAAAUCGUGGAAUUUAUGAAUCGUGCGAUCGAUGCCGGGGUCGCCGGUUUCCGAAUCGAUGCAGCAAAACACAUGUGGCCAAACGAUCUCCAAAUAAUAUAUUCCCGCCUGAAUAAUCUGAAUCCCGGGCAUGGCUUUCCUCCCAACUCUCGACCGUACAUUUACCAGGAGGUAAUCGACAUGGGCGGAGAGGGUGUAUCAAAAUACGAGUAUAACAACUUUGGCGCCGUGACUGAGUUCAGAUAUGGGGUAGAAAUAACAAAAGGAAUGACCGGAAAUAAUCCUCUCAAGUGGUUCAGGAACAUCGGUGAGGACUGGUCGAUGCUGCCCCAGGACUCGGCCCUGAUUUUCAUCGACAAUCAUGACAAUCAGAGGGGUAGUGGUGGUGGUGGUACUGUCCUGACGUACAAACAUCCGAAGCUGUACAAAAUGGCAGUUGCUUUCAUGCUGGCGCAUCCCUAUGGUAAUCCGAAGAUCAUGAGUUCGUUUGCGUUUGAUGAGUCUGAUCAGGGGCCACCAGCGGAUGCUCAGGGUAAUAUUAGAUCACCUGUGAUCAGGGAGGAUGGCAGCUGUGGGGGUGGAUGGAUCUGCGAACACCGAUGGAGGCAGAUUUAUAAAAUGGUGGAGUUCAGAAAUACAGUUAAUGGCAGCAAAAUCAACGUCUGGUGGGACAAUCAGAACAAUCAGAUCGCAUUUUCACGAGGCGAUGCCGGAUUCAUUGCCAUCAAUGCUGAUAAUGACGAUCUCAGGAGGAAUAUUCACACGGGACUUCCGGCUGGCAGCUACUGCGAUAUUAUUUCUGGGAAUAUCGUAGGUGGUGAAUGCUCUGGGAAGACUGUGGAAGUGGGGGAGGACGGCUAUGCGUUCGUGGAGAUUCUGGUGAAUGAGGAGGAUGGAGUUCUCGCUAUUCAUCGAAAUUCGAAGGUGAUCCCUCAACCGAAGGAGUUUGAAGUGGUGAGUGAGAAUAUGAUCUACAGUACAUUUAGAGUAAUUUAAUAUAUGCAUAAUUAUUCAUUGGUUUAAUUAUAAAUAGAUUGAUGUUUGAAUAAAGUCACUCGGUAGUUUUAGUA